UUCUGCUUAAUUACAUCACUUUAUUGCUCUAGGUGGGGAGUUGAAAACAUUCUUGCUCGGAUUUUCAGUCAAACUCCAGCACAAAAAUCCCUUUCGUUCUGGCUCCAAAUAUUCCUGUCUCAACUUUGAAGCUUAUAACCUUCACCAAACCACGUCAAAAGAUUCACAUCCUCUCCCUCUCUUGCUAGCCACACCGAGCCCUGGUGGGAUUUUUGCUCCAUUUCUCUGAAAGAUCAUCUACCAAUCAAGAAGUCGAGCUAGAAGUCAAAGCAAUCAAGAUUCUUGAACUGGGCUCUCUUCUUUUUGUUGCUUGUUGAAGAUGAUGAAUUUCAGGAGCUUAGAUGAGUUUUGGUCUUUCUAUGUGACUCAGCAUUCAAAACCAUCAACAAGACGUUGGCAUUUUGUGGGCACUCUUGCAAGCAUGCUGCUACUGCUGAACUCUCUUGUUUUCAAUUUGUGGUUUUUGUUCUUGGUGCCAUUCGUUGGGUAUGGAUGCGCCUGGUACAGCCAUUUCUUUGUGGAAGGGAAUGUUCCGGCAACUUUUGGGCAUCCAGUUUGGUCUUUUUUAUGUGAUUUCAAGAUGUUUGGAUUGAUGCUUACUGGUCAGAUGGAUAGAGAGAUCAAGAGACUCGAGAAGAGGCCUGUUUUACAGGGAUUUUGAUCAUGUUCUAAGCACUUUUCUGUUUUACCAAUCAAAUAAUCAUGCAUGGAAAAUCUCAUUCACUCUUGGUGACUUUUUGAGAUUUACUGUUUCUUGGGAACAUUACAAAAUAAACUAAUCUCUUGUUUCUGUGUUUAAAUCAAUGAGAAUUUUAUUAGUAAUUUUGUUUUUCGUUUUA